UGUUUUUGUGUAGUGUAAGUUGUGUUUCCACAAAUUCUGGUGUAUUUUUACCCAUUGGUGGUGUGUGUGAGAGACGAAGGAUUCAGGGUCCCUCGUGGCGGACGAUGACGACGUCAUGAAGAGGAGUGGCGGACGUGCUGACACGCCAUCAUGGUCGACAGGGAUUUUUUGCAACUGGACGACGCCUCUGCUGGUGGUUGCGAUCGCUGUUUUUGCGGCACCAGGUCGAGCAGCAGAAAUCAAACAAUCCCAAGCUGACGUAACAAGAUCGUACGAUGAUACAAUAUUUCUGCAAAAAGGAACAUCUUCUGAUAGUACUGCUGCUUCAUCAGCCUCCAGCAGCAGCAGCAGUUCGGUUGCUGGAAAAACUCAGAGACAGGGGAGGGAUGUCACAAAUUUCACAUCUGGAAGCGCAACUUCUGGUACAAUCUUAGUUCCCCAACACCAAACAAUUACUCUGCCCUGUGCAACCACAGACGACCUGGUGAUAAGCAACAGUGUCUGGUUGAAAGACGGUCAAAUAGUUGAUGUCUACGACCGAGGGGGGUCUAGUAGUAUGUCCAGUGGCGGCGGACACAGAUUUAUCCGAAACAGAGACGGAGGCGUCUUCAUCGACGGCGUCCGAAUGGAGGAUAAUGGAGAGUGGAAGUGCGAGGCUGAGGACGAGGCCGGGUUUUUGGUCGUUGGGUAUACGAUACAGUUAGUUGUUUUAGAUCGGCCUAAACCGCCUUAUCUCCUCAUUGAUGGUAGACGGUUGGAUCCUGGAAAUAUGUUUAUUCCCGUCAAGGAAAACGGGGAAUUAUCCAUAAGUUGCGUUGCUGAAGGUGGAAAUCCAAAGCCAACUUUGCUUUGGAAUUUGGCUCUGAGCCCUAAUAUUGAUCCGACGUCGCAGGAGCACGCCAAUGUCAACUUAGACUUACAGCAGUCCAAGGAAGACUUUGAUGAGCAACCUGCAGCCUCUUCAAGAAAAAACGUGCCUCAAUAUCAACCUGGUUCUGGUGCACGUUCCGAUACUGGUCUCAAUAGGGUUUUGAGGGCUCAUCACAAUGCAACUAUUACUUGCAUUUUGCAACAUCCAGCUUUGAGUCAUCCCUUGAAUGCGUCACUACUUCUGGACGUACAAUAUGCUCCUUCUUUUGGCAUCAGCAGAAUACCAGGAUUUGGGUUUCCUCUACGAGAAGGCAUUGCAGUGUCUUUAAAAUGCGAUGUGGAUUCAAAUCCUAGUAGUGUUCCUGUUUGGCAGAAGGACGAUGGUGCCACACCGGUUCCUCAGUCUGGUGACGGUUUCCUGAAUUUCUCAGCAAUCAAACGAGAAGAUUCUGGCUGGUACAAGUGCACAAGCAGACAUAUGCUUGGACUGUUUUCGUCAAUUGGAUAUUUUCUUAAUGUCAGAUAUGAUCCACCAGAAGUGACUCAAGAACCUGAUGAUUCCGAAGCAUCUGCACAUCACGUGGAAGUCGCCGUUGGCGGUUCUGUCCAUUUACAAUGUCCAACAGGUACGGUGGGCUGUUGGGGCAAAAGCGAUCUUUCAGGUGGGCGCAUCAGAGGCGUAGGUCCAGGUGGGGUUAUUGCAAGCCAAGGCCUAGCCUUAAGAGACUUACUUUACAGGGAUGCAGGGUCGUAUCGGUGUGUGGGCAGCAACGAAAGUCCGCCACUUGUGCGUACAAAUUUGAACUACCUAAAUGCGACUGUUGGUGACCCUGCUCAUGUCACCAUGGAGUUCUGUGCCAAUCCUGGACCUACCAGGACAUUAUGGGUGCACGGUGAUAAUGUCUAUUAUCCUGGUCGAAAGUAUGAGUAUGUCACAGCCCAUAACAUCACUAAUCGAACAAGUGCCCACUGUCAAGAAGCAGCCCUCACCUUCCACAACAUAGUUCCGUCCCAUUACAAAUCUUCUUCAGCUCUAUCUACUACUACGUCUGUUCUACAAGAACAAUUAAUAUUUCUGGUGAAGUCGCCGAAUGGAUUGGCAGAGGCUUCGGUCGCCAUCAAUCUGAAUCCGUCCGCCGAUUGGCGACCAAAAGAUGCCAAUUGUGGCGACAGGAGAAGAGGAUACUGGUUCUUGAAUGUUUUGGUGUCACUUAUUGGUGUAAUGCGGUUGGUACUGGUGUAAUUUGUAAGUUUUUGUUGGCUGA